AUGAUAUACCGAGAGUUGCAAAAGGCAAUUCCUCCUGCGCUUUGGGGGCUUGAUGAGAGCGCACAGAAUGAGUUGGAACUGACUGCAGUGCACUUCACCAAUAAGACGCUCUUGCACAUCCGAUUCAAUGGGGAGAUGGAUGCGACAUAUGAGGUCCAGCCGCGGGGGGCUGGGGGGCUCGCAGCGGAUGUCGGUGGGCUCCACGGGGGCGCGGCAAGCAGUCUGCGUGCUGAAGGAAAUGAUGAGGACGAGUUUGUCGAAGACCACCUGUCCAAGUACAACGUCAGCAUGAAGAUGGGCAACUCCAACGACAUGAAGCUGCCUGUGGUGGUAAUGCAGAUUGCAGAGCUGUAUGAGCGGGCGGUGUACCCCUCUGUCCUUGGUGCAGAGGCUCGUGCUGGGCCGGACCUGGGACUGUUGGUGACCCUCUCGAGUCGAUUCUGGAGAAGCGCGAGCGCAGGCGGCCCUGGCUCGGGCAGCGACUUCGAUAGGCUAAUGUUCGUGCUGCAGAGCAUUCGGGAGAUGUACGGAAUAUGA